UUUUAAAAAUAUUGAUUUAAGCUGUUGGAUUCUCACAUUGAAAUCAUGUUUUCACUGAUUGUUUGACACUAGAACUUUGGGAUCCUCUCAGUGUUUAUAAGCACCUAAAGGCCAUUUGAUGCAAACCACUAAAUAAAAAAAUCAAAAAGCUAUAUUCCUUUCAUAACAGGUGAAUAGAUAGAAGAAUGAUAAAUCUUACCCUUAAAAGAUGUAAGUUGUUUUACCUGUGGGAAAACAAUUGGCAUAUGCAACACAAAAGGUUCAUUGGGCACCAAAUGCUUUUAAUAACCCUGCAGUGCACAGUCUCGGUCUGGGCUGCUAGCACACUUGCAGUCUAGCAGCUAAGCAAACAGGCUGUGUGAUUCCACAUGGAGGGGCCUCUGUGUCUGGACUCUCAUUGGUCUGGACAGGCUUGAAAGCCUCCAUUGAGCCAGUCAGGAGGAAUUUUGGGUACUAAUGCCACUCUCAGGAGGAGGAAUUUGUGUGAUUCUGGUAAACAGCUGACCACUCACUUUGCAGGCUCUGCCCUCCUCCUCUUUUCCCUCUCCUUCCCUCCUUUUGGUUUCUGUAGUAUGUUUUCUGUGUUGAACUGCGUAAACUAACAAUCCACAGAUAUCCCACUGAUCAGUCAUGCCUUUGGUGAACUUGUUCGGGCCAAAACGGAGGCUGGUGCUGAGUGCUCUCCUCAUUUGUGCCAUAAUCUUCGAGUUAGCUUACUGUCAAAAAGACCAUCGGGAACAGAGGACCACUCCGGGAAGGAAGCCCAAGCCUAGCAGACCCAAACUUGGGAAAUCAACAAAUAAAGGGCCCAGAGCUGUAACAGCCAAGACAAAGAUCAAAGCUACCCCUGCAGCCCCAGCACAGACCCUCCUCACGCAGGUGCUAAACAGAGGGAAGUUUAAGAAGGUGGGAGAGACCAUAAGUGUUCAGACAGGAGACAUGCUGGAGCUGAGGUGCAGAGGCAAACCUGUGCAGUGGAGCGUCCCCUCCUACCUGGAGGAGGAUGAUGAUGGAAGACUCAGCAUUGUGCAACACGAGCGAUAUGGCGUUCUGACAUUAGUCAACUCCACUGGUGCAGACACAGGAGAGUACACCUGUUACCCUAUGUACUGUGAAGACACGGACUGCAGGAAGGAGUAUGACAAAGCUGUAAAAGUCUUCGUCUUCUUUCCUGAUCCACAGGAACUGUUUGUUCCGUCAUCGGACUACUACAAGGUGAUUCAGCUGAGAACAAACUGGCCGACAACCCUCCCCUGCCAGGUCACAUCCCCCGAGGCUAAAGUUACUCUGCACCGCGAGUAUCCACCAGGUGAGGUGGCGGUGGACGGCACGGAGAUCUCCUUCCAUGUCAAGAAGGGCUUCACCAUUCACCGACCCCGGCCUUAUCAUGCUGGUGCCUUGUACUGUGUAGCCAGUCUGGGUAACCUGAGGCAGAGCUCCAUCAAGUACAUGCUCAUCUACAUUAACUACCCCAUGGCUCCUCCUGCUCCAGUGAUUCAGGCCUCGUCAAGCUCCGUGGUUGUGGGGGAGAAUCUGCGUGUCAGCUGCUCUGUGGUUGGAGAACAGGACGUGGUUGUAGAGUUCACCUGGGAAUAUCCAGGACAGCAGAUUGGGAGGCCUCCGUACACUCAAGAGAGCAUCAGUCCAGUGGGUGGAGGAGGGGCUCGACAGCAGUCUCAAUCUGUCCUCCUGGUUGACGAGGUGAGGGACGUGGACCAGGGAACAUACACCUGCACCGCCCAGAACCUGCAAGGAGCCACAUCAGUGUCCACAACCGUUAAAGUGGUCCCCAAAGCCAAACCUAAGAAACCAUGAACCCGUCAAAACUGAGACCAUGAGAGAGAGUGACACAGAGGGGGGAGGGGGGGUCUGGUGUGACACUUUUGAUCUGUCACAGUAUUAUACAUUAAAUCAGUCUUGUAUGAAUAAAUAAUCACAACACAACAUAUCCUCUCCUUCUGUCGCUGCUAUGGAGACACACCGCAGUAAAAUAACUUUUGUUUUGUUGUUUAGAUGAAUGUUUGUAAAUUGUUGAGCAUUCAAAGGCUUCUACACACACAUUGUUGCUUUGUCUUUUUCUACUUUUCUCUUAUUGUGAAUGAGCCUGCUGGAGAUGAAGUCACAGGAAAUAAAGUAAACAGGCACACUGAUAUUAUUAUUGUUAUUACUGUUGUUGUUGUAAACCUGAAACAAUUAGCCAAUUCAAUGCCAAUUGAAUGUCAACAAUUCAAAUAAUCGAAUAAUCAUUCCAGCAAACAUGACAAACACAAAUCCCAGCCUCUCAAACGUGAUUUCCUGUUUUACGCCUUUGUAAUUUGAAUAUUUUGGGGUUUUCAAAAGACAAAAUAAGACAUUUCUUCUGGUGUAGGCUACAUUUUUCACUACUGACCAAGCAAUUCAAAAAUGAAUAAAUUAAUUAAUAAUAAAAACAAUAGUUGCAGGCUUAUAGCAUUGCAAACAGUGAUUGCAUUAGUCUGCUAUGGAGCAAAGAGGCAACAGUUUGAUGUUGGGCCCCUCUUUUAUUAUUAUGUAGGCACUCCAGAGCUCAUUAAGUAGGAGAGAUCAUGAUGGGUGUCACAUUCAUUUGAAUCCCUCUAAAUUUAGCUUUAGCUUUAAUAGAUUCCCUUUUACUGGAAGCCUAAAGAGUCAGGUAGGAACAGAGUGACUUUAUUACUUUAUUACCUCUUAUUCUGUUUAUAAAAAUGUGAUGGCGCCGUUCCUGAUGGCUGUCUGCAGCCGCAUUUGCCUCGUGUUUUGUAAUUUCCCAGCCUGGGAUCAAUAAAGUAUAUCUAUCUAUGUAUCUAAAAGAUACGGGCUCACGCAUGCUUUCCUGUGGACUUGUGAUAAACAUUUCCACUGUGACGUUAGUACUCACUUACUAAGGGGUUAAGAGU